AUGCAGACCAUCUCAGUACAGCCACCAUCGGUGAUCUCCCAUACAACCACAUUAUCACAGCCCAACCCGGUUGGCUGGAGCUCCGGAAUCUGCGACUGCUGCGAUGAUGUGGGGACAUGUUGUUUUGCCUACUGGUGCUUCCCCUGCUUCUUGUGUGCUACGGUGAAUGAGCACGGCGAGUGUCUGUGUCUCCCCAUGCUGGACACGGGCUGCCUGGGCUGCUCUCCCAUUUGCCCCCCUGUAUCUAUGGCAAUGCGGGCGUCCGUCCGGGAGCGGUACAAAAUCCCUGUAAGUAUCUGCGCUGAUUGCUGUAUAUUGUACUGGUGUUUCACCUGCGCCUGGUGCCAGAUGGCUCGAGAGAUAAAGAAAUACAAGCACCCGACUUCCAUGGUGACAGCUCACACCACCACCGUGACCAUGCCAGGGCAGACCGUCAUGUACCCCGUCCCUUCGUACCAACCUCAGCCAACCAACAUUAUGAAUGUGAACAAUGUGAACCCGGUGCGCUACUAG